AUGCUGUAUAGUGUUUGUCAGCGCACCAAGGCUCUUUGUCAAUCGGACGACACUCACGAUUCUGUUGAUAACACUACACCCAAUCCAUUUGAUACCCCUACCCGCGAGGUCGUCAGUAGCCUGCAGGCCUCAACAUCUGCAUCAUUCCUCGUCUCAUCAUCGCCUAUCCAAUCGACGUCUCAGCUAGCACCAUAUGCAUCAAUUACCAUUUCACCCAGGAAACCAAGAUACAAGGACCUUCUCGAGCCUAUCCCAUCGACAAUUCUUGAAGCCGACCUUCAGAAUGCGCUUCGAAAGCUCAUCGAGAAAAAUGAGGAGCGAAAAGAUCAGCUCGUUACAAUGCAGUCAAUGCUGGUGUUAAACGGUGCUUACUGUGACGUUGUCCGUGGACAGCUCGAGGCUCAUGAGGAGAGUCGAAAGCGUAACAAGAAGGGGAGACUGGUAGGCGAUGGCCUUCCUCGCUUACUCACAGGACGUGAGUUUCUCAGGCGUGUUGAGGCUUUUCAUAAGGCCGCGGAGGAUCAAGAGGAAGCACUGAAGCAGCGCCGAGCGACACGGGCAGAGAAAAGCAAGGCAAGGAAGGAAUGGAAAGAGUUGGAGAAGGAGCGGAAGGCGCAGAAUAAGGUUAUCCGGGCUCAAUUCCAGCUUGAUCUCGAGGAGUGGAAGGAGGAACAGGCUUUAGCGAAGCGCGAACACCGUCGACCUGCCUGGACACAACCAAAAAUCAAGGAUCGUCUCCUUCCACCUAUUCCUCAACCUACGUUCGUCACAAGAAACUCUAGUAACAGCGACAACGAGGAUGCUAACGACGGGGCAAAUGGGGAAGAAGAUGCAGAUAAUAACGAUGGAGAGACCUCUGAGUCAGAUGGUGACGAUGACGAGGACUGA